AUGAACUCAUCUUACUCUGACGACGGUCGACGAAGUGACGAGGGCAAAGUUAGUCUUCAAGUUGAAUAUAGCGAUAGAGGAAAGCCGAACUACUAUCUAGGUGGCAGAAUAAGUGAAGAGGAAAUUGAAUCUGAGAGAAGAUCAACACCUCCAGGUACUAUUGGGGAAUCUCAAGAUGUAAUGUCUGAAAAUAUUGGCUCUUCAAUCAGAAUGCUGAGCAAAAAACAUGGCGCAUUAACAUUUUACUCUAAGUCUAGUGGGCCUGUUUAUGAAAUGAUUAAGGAAAGAGUACCUCUGCCCAACGAUACACAAUAACUUUAAACAUUUAAAAAAUGCUAUGAUAGAUUAUUCAGAGAAUUCAAAGAAAAGCUAGUGCAUGAAUACAGUUAGCUAAGAAUGACCUAUAUGCAUGAAUAUUAACAGAACUUUUAAGCAAACUUAGCAGAAAAGAAUACUCAUAUAAGUGAUCUUUAAGGUUUGAUUUAGAAAAAGGAGAGUGAUAUUGAAUAUAUUAGAGAAAAAAGACGCAACUUAAAGUAAAGGACCCAAGAUUAGCUUUCAGGUAGAUGGAGUAUUACUGUCAAUUAGCUAGGAGAGAAAAAAGAAUUAAAGCUUAUAGCAAAAAUUACAUAUUCAGGCGUAGGCUUAGGCUGCUAUUUGGUAGCUGGCGAGGUGUUACUCAUUAGUGGUUUAAAGAGAGAAUAGAUUAAGAAUCAACACUUUAUGAGACAAGCCGAAGAGAAGAAUUACUAGUAAAAUGGGAUUCAAGUGUUGAGACUCUUAAAUUAUAUAUGUCUUAACUUCAAGAAAUGA